GCAAAGGUGGACAGAAAGCCAUGAAGGCCUUGGGCACACAACAAGAGUACAAGGUGGUGUGUCACUGCCUGCCCACCCCCAAAUGCCACACACUGCCCCUCUACCACAUGCAAAUCUUUGCGCCUAAUCAUGUAGUCGCCAAGUUCCACUUCUGGUACUUCCUAUCUCAAUUAAAGAAGAUGAAGAAGUCUUCAGGGGAGACUGUCAACUGUGGGCAGGUGUUUGAGAAGUACCCACUGUGGGUGAAGAACUUUGGCAUCUGGCUGCGCUAUGACUCCCGGAGCAGCACCCACAACAUGUACAGGGAAUACCGGGACCUAACCACCAUGGGCGUUGUCACCCAGUGCUACCAAGACAUGGGCACCCGGUACCGCGCCCGGGCCCACUUCAUCCAGAUCAUGAAGGUGGAGGAGAUUGCGGCCAGCAAGUGCUGGUGGCCAGCUGUCAAGCAAUUCCACGACUCCAAUAUCAAGUUCCUGCUGCCCCACUUGGUGCUGUGCCAUCAGCAGAAGCCACGCUUCACCAGGAGACCCAACACCUUCUUCUAGGUACAGGGCCCUCACCUGGCUGUGCCUCAAAUAAACUCAGGAACACCAUGGUGGGGAAAAAAAAAAGUUAGCUGGGCAUGGUGGUAGAUGCCUGUAAUCCCAGCUACUCGAGAGGCUGAGGCAGGAGGAUCGCUUGAACCCAAGAGGCGGAGGUUGCAGUGAGCCGAGAUCGCACCACUGCACUCCAGCUUGGGUGACAGAGUGAGACUCUGUCUCAAAAAAUAAAAAAAAAGAAAUACUCUCAGCAGGGGUUUGUCCUGGGCACUGGCAUCACACAGAGAGGAAGUGAGAGCUCAUCCAGGAUUAAAAACAAGAAUCACCAUUUCUGAAGGAUUCCUCUGAGCCCAGUUCCUUGUUCCUUCAUAGCCAUUGAUAUGCAUAUCUCAUUUAAUCCUCAAAAUCAGUUUAGGAGAAAAAUUAUUUCACAGCUGAGGAAACCAAAGAUCCUGAGACUUAGAGAGGUUACAUUACUUGCCCAGGGACACACAGCUAGAAAGUGAUGGAGGCAGGAUUUGAAUCCAGAUCUAAGUGACUUCAUAGUUUGUAAAUUUUUAACCUCUGAACUUUGCCCUUCCAGUUGCAAGAUGCUGAUGCAUUCCUGUAUUUCCAGCUCUUCACACACAGGCACUCAUCGAUAUUAGCACUGCCUAGAGAAGCCAGUGAGGUAAAGAUCAUUGUCCCAUUUUCCAGGUGAGAAAAUUAAGGCCAGAGAGGGGACUUGCUCAGUGUGGUCAGCUGAGAAGUAGUGGCAUUCCUUCUAGAAUCCAGGUCUCCUUUCUUGCCUCUGGCAGCCUUCCUCCUUCCGCUACUUUCUGCCAACUGCUGAGGCUUCCAUCU